AUGGAUACGUUGAAGUGGUUCGAGGAGUUACUCUCCAAAACAAAAGGCGCAGACUUUGACCACAAAAAGACACCUGACACAUUUGAAGUUAUAGUGCACGAGGGAGAUAAAGUUUUCGCAGAAUGGGACAUUACUAAAGAGCUCCUUGAAAACGGGAUAAGUCGCAAACACUUCUCUGAUGAAGAUCUUAAUGUUGAUAUCGAGUUGUUCUUUAUGCAUAAAGAUCUUAGGGAACAGUUAAAAAACGAUGAGGCAUUUAAGAUUCUUUGGGAAAAAGCAGCUAAUGACUCCAAAACAGUUAACUUCAACGGGACCACUUCUGGAUACACUAUCAUGGAUGGAGGACAUUAUUCUGCUCCUUAUGUGUACUACAUACAGGGAGCUCUAACUCUACUGAUCGGACUGGAGUCCUGUAAUGGAAUAGAGGCUCGGGCUGCCAGCUGGCAGUUGGCCCUGACAUCACUCACUACAGUCGGCUACGUCGGCUCACUUUUCCUGACCCCCACUAUGUAUGGGGCCAGUAAUGUGAGUAUAGAUGUGAACGGAGCCAGAAACAGAGCGAUAUCAGGUGCCUCAUCUCUCAGCAACUUUUCGAGUAUUAGCGGAGUUGGAGGAUCUUACACCACCGGAGCAGCAGCCGCUGGAGGCGCUAAUGUGAUUGGUUUAGCCGCAGGGGGCGCUAAUGUGAUGAGUGUUCCUGGGUUAGCAGCAAGAGGCGCUAAUGUGAUCAGUGUUCCUGGAGCAGUAGCAGGGGGCUAUAAUCUCUCUAAUGUAGGCCUCACUGCUCAGCAGCCUGCAGUGAGUGUGUCUUACAAUGGUCAACAGCCUGCAGCCAAUGUGGCCUACAGUAUUCAGCAACCAGCUGCUGUUUCGUACGGCGUUCAGCAACCGGCUGCUGUUUCGUACGGCGUUCAGCCUGCAGGUGCAGUUUCUUACGGAGUCCAGCAAUCCGCAGUUUCCUACAGUAUAAGUCAAGCACCAGCGGGAAGAGUGUCGGCACCAGGACAACCUGGCGUACCAGGACAACCUGGCGCACCAUCAGGGUGUCAUGGAGCAACUGGACAACCAGGUGCACCAGGACAACCAGGUUCAGCCGGACAACCAGGCGCACCAGGACAACCAGGCGUACCAGGACAACCAGCCGCACCAUCAGGCUGUCAUGGAGCAGCUGGACAACCAGGUUCAGCAGGACAACCAGGUUCAGCCGGACAACCAGGCGCACCAGGACAACCAGGCGUACCAGGACAACCAGGCGCACCAUCAGGCUGUCAUGGGGCAGCUGGACAACCAGGUGCACCAGGACAACCAGGUUCAGCAGGACAACCAGGUUCAGCCGGACAACCAGGCGCACCAUCAGGCUGUCAUGGGGCAGCCGGACAACCAGGUGCACCAGGACAACCAGGUGCACCAGGACAACCAGGUGCACCAGGACAACCAGGUGCACCAGGACAACCGGGCGCACCAUCAGGCUGUUACCCAGUAGGUCCGGGUGCUCCCGGUGGAGCAGGACAACCAGGCGCACCAGGACAACCAGGUUCAGCAGGACAACCAGGUUCAGCAGGACAACCAGGCGCACCAAGACAACCAGGCGCACCAUCGGGCUGUUACCCAGCUGUUACCCAGUAG